AUGUCGAAGCUUCGGGUACUUUGUCGGGAUCAGCCUGAACGUACAAUUGCACUGGUCUCGUCAGACCAUGCCUUGGUGUUUCACUCUACCUCAACCGAUACCGCCAAGGACAGCCCCCGCUGUCAAGUUGAGUUUUCGGACUUGAAAUCGGUAGACUUGAAAGGGUACCGAUCGCUGGGAGCUGGACAAGGUACCCUUGGCCUUGUCACGCUCAAUGAUGAUGUAUUUGUUUGCGUCGUUGCAAGUUCUUCACAAGCUGCCAUUGUGAGACCCGGCGAGACUGUAUCAAAAAUUGACAGUGUAGGCUUCUACUGUCUUAAUCGUUCAGAGUAUGAGUUCGGGUUAGACUAUGAGACCGGGUCUCAAUUCACGGCCGAGGACCGACUUGGCACAGAUGGAAAGGAUGUGGUGACCGAUCACCCUUUCCUGGCCUUGAAAAAACUAUUAGGAGAUGGAAGUUUUUAUUACAGUCUGGAUUUCAACCUUACAGAUCGCCUGCAGGACCGGGCUGAUAAGUCUGCUGCAUUUGACAUUGACACUCUGGAUGAAGAUAUGCUUUGGAAUUCUUACAUGAUCAGUCCAUUGCUUCUAUUCCGUAGUCAUCUGCCACCAUCCGACAAGGCCAAACUGGAUGCAUCGCAAAUGCUGACUUGUGUCAUCCGGGGAUUUGCCAGUACACUCAAAGUGCCAGCCACGGUAUCAAUUCUUCCUCAUGUGCGAACUAAUCUCCCCUCCAUGUUGACAAUCAUAUCCCGGCAAUCUUCUCGACGUGCUGGCACGAGAUUCAACUCGAGAGGUAUUGACGAUGAUGGAAAUGUUGCCAACUUUGUGGAGACUGAAACCAUUCUGUGGGUUGCGCCGGGAAUAGUCUUCUCUUAUGCCCAAGUGCGAGGCUCAGUGCCAAUUUUCUGGGAACAAGCCCCGGGUCUCAUUCCGGGUCAGCAGAAGAUUGAAGUCACCCGGUCUGGCGAGGCCACACAGCAUGCGUUCAAUCGACACUUUGAAACUCUAGAGCUGGAGUAUGGCGCAGUACAUGUGGUUAACUUGCUAAGUGAACUGAAACCUGGAGAAGCAGAGUUGUCUGCAAAUUUUCGAAAGCACAUCAACAAAAGCUCAGUCAGGCAAAAGGAAGACGCAGGUACCUCUCCGCGUCGUAGUCUCCUGCGAAUGACCGAGUAUGAUUUCCUUGCUGAGACUCGGGGUCCUUCGGGAUAUGAAGCCAGUUCCCAGAUCAAACAUGAGCUGAUCAACUCAUUGGAUGGAUUUUCCUACUUUUUGUCGGAAGAUUCUAGUCGUCCAAAUAAAAACACUUAUGACAGAGACGAUGCAGUCAACAGUUCUUCGGUAAUCUUGCAACAAGAAGGUGUUUUCCGAACUAAUUGUCUAGAUUGCCUGGACAGAACAAAUCUCGUCCAGACAAUCAUCAGCUCGAUGGCCUUUGAGUCUUUUUUGUCGCAGCAAGGCGGAAGACUCAGCUCAGAUAUGCAAGUCAGGCAUUCGACCAUUUGGGCCGAUAAUGGCGAUGCACUCUCCAAGAUAUAUGCGGGGACGGGAGCUCUCAAAUCCUCCUUCACCAGGCAUGGAAAAAUGUCCCUUGCGGGAGCACUUGCAGAUGCACGGAAAAGUGCCACUCGACUUUAUGUCAACAAUUUCACGGACAAAUCCAGACAAAGGACGAUUGACCUACUCCUAGGCCGGCUCACAAAUCAGUCGCCCGUACAUCUCUACGAUCCAAUCAAUGAUUUAGUGCUCGAUGAAUUGAAUCGUCGGACCUCGGAAUAUUCUUCGCGUACACAGGUCCGGUUCUGGGUUGGCACUUUCAAUGUGAAUGGGCGUGACGAGGGCCCAGGCACUGAUCUUACUCCGUGGCUUUUUCCAGAGGCGGAUACCUCUGAUGAAGAUCCAGCAGUGUUUGUCGUCGGUUUUCAGGAAAUUGUCGCCUUGAGUCCCCAACAGAUAAUGUCUACCGAUCCCAGUACUCGCAAGGUUUGGGAAAAGGCGGUCCAUGACUGUUUGAACACCCAUUCAAAGCUGAAAGGUACAGGAAAGUACGUACAUCUUAGAAGUGGCCAACUUGUCGGUGCUGCGGCUUUGCUUUACGUCAAGGAAGAUGCCUUGAAAUAUAUCAAAAACGUCGAAGGCAGUACUGGUCUCUCUGGUAUUGCUGGCAAUAAGGGCGGCUGUGCUAUUCGCUUCGACUUCUCCAACACAAGUGUCUGCUUCGUUACAGCCCAUCUUGCAGCAGGUUUUGCAAACUAUGAUGAACGAAACAGGGACUACGAUAUCAUCGACCGAGGACUACGGUUCCAGAAGAAUAGGACAAUCGCUGACCACGACGCCGUGAUCUGGCUAGGUGAUUUCAACUAUCGAAUUGGAUUAAGCAACCCUAGCGUAAAAGAGCUCAUCUUGCAGCACGACUAUCAAAGGUUGUAUGAUAACGACCAAUUGAAUCUUCAAAUGGUUGCGGGAAGAGUGUUCCAGUUUUACUCAGAAGGCCCAAUUGACUUCCCACCUACCUAUAAGUACGAUGUUGGAAGGGACAAUUACGAUACAUCUGAGAAAGCUCGUAUUCCCGCAUGGUGUGAUCGAGUUUUGUGGAGAGGAAGCAACCUGCAGCAAACUCACUACCAAACUGCGGAUUUGAAGGUCUCUGAUCAUCGUCCAGUCUGGGCAGCCUUUAAUUGUGUAAUCGAUAUUGUAGACCACGCGUUGAAAGAAAAGCUCAGGCGGUCGAUAUACGAAGGGAAACAAGGCCAUGAUCAGGCUUUUCUCGCGAACUCUGUCUCUCUGCUGGACUUGGACGAUGAUGAAAGCACGCCCGCUGUUUCCAUUGCACCCGGGCUACCACCAGCAAGUUCUGAUCGAAGCCGAUGGUGGUUAGACAAUGGGGCCCCGGUAAAAGCAACUGUACAACCACCAAAGGAAGGAUACGUGGCCAAUACUCAUCGCAAGUCUAAUCCCUUCUCUGCAGAUGUUGACUGGGUAGCAAGCCCAAUCUCAUCAAAACAACAACAAAUUGAGAGGAAACCGAUGUUGCCUCCUCGUCGUGACACGCUUGGGUCAACUGGGUCCACGUCACCUCAAUCAGUAGAAUCUGCGAAAAUACCACCGGUCGUCCCACGGAAACCGCUAUCGUUGAGCUCCCAAUCCAAUUCGCGGACAAUGCCAACCAUGUCCAACAAUCAGACAACAAGGCAAGGCAGUUCAGGAAAUGCGACUGCAAGCCCACCAGAUCUCCUCGGAGAUUCUUCCAGUGAACAAAUUGGAUGGAAGCCACUUAUUCAAUGA